AUGAAGCGAUUCACUGAGGGUGCUCAGAGGAAAGUGAGCGGGUUUGAGGCAUCGGAAAAUGCUUUGAGGUCGUGGUUGCCUCAGCAUGUGGCUUCCUCUGCGCCUAUCAAGUUGUCCGGUGUGAGUAGUCAGAUCAAUGAAUUGAGUUUGUGCAUAACCCUAAUGUCGUGGCAGACUUAUGUCGAUGAGCACUUGAUGUGCGAUGUGGAUGGUGUUCAUCUCACCGCUUCCGCCAUCAUCGGCCUUGACGGCGGCGUUUGGGCCCAGAGCGCCGCCUUCCCUCAGUUCAAGCCUGAGGAGAUUGCUAAUAUAGUAAAGGAUUUCGAUGAGCCAGGAUUCCUUGCUCCUACAGGGCUACACCUUGCAGGCACCAAGUACAUGGUGAUUCAGGGAGAACCCGGUGCUGUGAUCCGUGGAAAGAAGGGGUCUGGUGGUGUCACUGUAAAGAAAACUGGCCAAGCUCUCAUUUUUGGUAUAUACGAGGAACCGAUGACUCCAGGCCAGUGUAAUAUGGUGGUGGAGAAGAUGGGAGACUACCUUAUCGACCAGGGCCUUUAG